AUGGAUGGAGAUAACCAAAGUGAGGACUCACAGUUCCUACUCCUGGGGAUCUCGGAGAGACCUGAGCAGCAGCGAAUCCUGUUUUGGAUGUUCCUGUCCAUGUACCUGGUCACCGUGGUGGGAAAUGUGCUCAUCGUCCUGGCCAUCAGCUCUGACUCCCACCUGCACACUCCCAUGUACUUCUUCCUGGCCAACCUCUCCUUUACUGACCUCUUCUUCGUCACCAACACAAUCCCCAAGAUGCUGGUGAACCUUCAAUCCCAAAACAAAGCCAUCUCCUACGCAGGGUGUCUGACACAGCUGCACUUCCUGAUCUCCUUGGUUACCUUAGACAACCUCAUCCUGGCCAUGAUGGCAUAUGACCGCUAUGUGGCCAUCUGCCGCCCCCUCCACUAUGUCUCAGCCAUGAGCCCUGGGCUUUGUAUCUUUCUCAUCACUUUGUGUUGGGUGCUCUCUGCCCUUUAUGGCCUCCUCCUCACCCUUCUCAUGACCAGGGUGAUCUUCUGUGGGUCCCGAAAGAUCCACUACAUCUUCUGUGAGAUGUACGUCCUGCUGAGGCUGGCAUGUUCCAACACCUACAUCAUUCACACAGUGCUGGUUGCCACAGGCUGCUUCAUCUUCCUCACCCCCUUAGGGUUCGUGAUCAUGUCUUAUGUCCGCAUUGUCAGAGCCAUCCUCCGAAUACCCUCAGCCUCUAAGAAAUACAAAGCUUUUUCUACCUGUGCUUCCCACUUGGGUGUGGUCUCCCUCUUCUAUGGGACACUGGGCAUGGUAUACCUGCAGCCCCUGCACACCUACUCCAUGAAGGACUCAGUAGCCACAGUGAUGUAUGCCGUGGUGACCCCCAUGAUGAACCCUUUCAUCUACAGCCUGAGGAACAAGGACAUGCAUGGGGCUCUGGGUAGACUCCUAGGAAGACCAUUUCAGAGGUUGAAAUUAGGGUAA